CCGAUCAGUCAAGGAAGCGUGUUUGUUAUGUAGCUUAGAAAUCUUACCAGCGCUUAACCACAACUAGUAAUCUGUGAACGGAAUACUUUAAUCAGCGCUACAGUAUCGAGUUUAAUUAAUCAAACUAGUCUUCGGUUUUCGGCGUGAACAUCGAGUUAUCUGCGCACAUAAGAUCAGGCCAGACUGCACAGCUGCUUGGCCUCUCGGUGAGGCUUUGAUCGCACAGAUGAUCGGAGAUCUCUGGCAUCUGGAUCCAUGACGUGCUGUGAGACCAUGUCCGUACGGAACGUCACUAGUGAUCUUCUGCACAGGCAGAUCAGGGAGAACUGGGCCCUGGACUUCCAGAGACACUAUCAUGUGACCGAUCCCUUGAUAAAGAGACUAGGACUGGAGGCAGAACUACAGGGUCACUCGGGGUGUGUGAACUGUCUGGAGUGGAAUGAGAGGGGAGAUCUUCUGGCAUCAGGAUCCGAUGAUCAGCACGCUAUCAUCUGGGAUCCAUUCAGACACAAGAAGCUCGUCACAAUGCACACAGGACAUGCUGCCAACAUCUUCUCAGUGAAGUUUCUGCCUCACUCCGAGGACCGAAUCUUAAUCACAGGAGCCGCAGAUACCAAGGUGCACGUCCACGACAUCACAGCAAAAGAAACCAUUCACAUGUUCUCAGAUCACACAAACCGGGUCAAACGAAUCGCCACGGCGCCCCUGUGGCCCAACACGUUCUGGAGUGCCGCUGAAGACGGGGUCAUCAGGCAGUAUGACUUGAGAGAGAGCGGCAAGCGGUCCGAGGUUUUAAUUGACCUGACAGAGUUUUGCGGGCAGCUUGUCGAAGCCAAAUGUCUCGCUAUCAACCCACGUGACAACAACUACAUGGCUGUGGGAGCCAAUGGGCCCUUUGUUCGGCUUUAUGACAUUAGAAUGAUCCACAAUCACAGGAAGUCUCUAAGUCAGAGCUCAUCAACCGGAGUUCAUACUUUUUGUGACAAGCGGAAAUCGAUACCGGACGGGGCAGGACAGUACUAUGUGGCAGGUCAUUUACCGGUCAAACUUCCUGACUAUAAUAACAGAUUAAGAGUUCUGGUGGCAACUUAUGUGACCUUCAGUCCUGACGGUACGGAGCUACUGGUUAACAUGGGUGGAGAACAGGUUUAUUUAUUCGAUUUGACAUUCAAACAAAGACCUUACACAUUUCUGCUGCCCAAAAAGUGCCACUCAUCAUCAGAGGUACAGAAUGGCAAAACCACUAACGGAUUGUCCAAUGGAAUUCACCUUCCUGCCAGUCGCCUCAGACUGACUCACGGCAAACUUUACAGUGGAUCAGGUGAUCUUCCUCCUUACCUGGAGAGAAUCAAGCAGCAGGCGAAUGAUGCGUUCGCACGGCAGCAGUGGACUCAAGCCAUACAGCUGUACAGUCUGGGCAUCCAUGAGGAUGGCCAAAACGCCAUGCUGUAUGGGAACCGUGCCGCCGCCUACAUGAAGCGCAAAUGGGACGGUGAUCACUAUGACGCACUGCGAGACUGUCUCAAGGCCCUGUCAGUCAACCCCAGUCAUCUGAAAGCACACUUCCGUUUAGCACGCUGUCUAUUUGAACUCAAAUACAUCGCAGAGGCGCUGGAGUGUCUAGACGACUUCAAAGGAAAGUUUCCGGAUCAAGCGCAAAGCAAUGCAUGUGACGCGCUGGACAAGGACAUUAAAGCAGCGCUCUUCUCAAAAACAGACUCUUCUGAAGAUAAAAAGGGGAACAGCUCGAUCCGCUUCCAUAAUUUCAGCCGGAAAGAGUCGAUCCCUGAAGAUGAGAUGGUCCUGAGAGAGAGAAGCCUCGACUAUAAACAUCGCUACUGUGGUCACUGCAACACCACCACUGACAUCAAGGAAGCCAACUUUUUUGGAAGUAAAAGUCAGUACAUAGUGAGCGGUUCUGACGAUGGCUCGUUUUUCAUCUGGGAGAAAGAGACGACAAACCUGGUGCGGAUCUUACAGGGAGACGAGUCUAUAGUGAACUGCCUACAGCCACAUCCCAGUUACUGUUUCCUGGCAACCAGCGGCAUCGAUCCAGUGGUGCGAUUGUGGAGCCCCAGACCAGAGUCGGAAAGUGAGAAUUGUCGUGUGGUGGAGGACAUGGACGGAGCGGCGCAGGCCAACCAACGGCGCAUGAAUGCCGACCCACUGGAGGUGAUGCUGUUGAACAUGGGCUACCGCAUCACGGGUCUGAACAGCAGAGGAGCCGAGGGCUCUGAUGAAGAGGACAGCUCAGAUGGGCAGGUGCAAUGCCGAUCCAGCUAGAAUGACACAGUCUUCCAUCACGCACCCAUCCCGUUUGAGAAGAGGGGAAAGCAUCUUACAUAUUUACUUUUCAGUUUCAGUUUGUGAACAUGAAUUUUGUCGCUUGCACUCUAUGCACUGGCCACAUGGACAGUAGAUGUUUGGAGAGGAGGAGGCCCAUGACGAGGAUGAGGUGCGCUUCAAAUGCCCCUCGCUAAACCGAAGUUGAGUCAAAGCACUUAUAGAUCAAUGUCUGCAAAAACAUAGCGUGCUACAGUCAGGUUAAAGCUUGUUUCCAAAGUUGCAAAGCGCUCUGUUUUCUUUCUAAUACAGGGCUUGCUGCUGGACGCUGUUGGCCACGAUAUUUUGUUCUCAUUUUCUUUCUUUUCCGAAUGAACUUGAUAAUCGUUAGGAGCGUCAGAGGACAGUCAAGUGUGUUAUCGUUCCAUAAAGUAUGUUUAUAGGACUGCAGCACUUUCAUUUUGAAUAUAUUCUGGAAAAAUAAACAGUGUUUGUGUUCGAUCGAGA